CGUAUUGACUCGCUCGCUCAACAACAUGGCAGAUCUCCGCACGGAGAUUCACCACGUGGAGAAAGAGCUUAACAAGGAGAGGGUGAAAGCAAGAGCUCUUGAGGAGGAGCUACAAAAUCCCCUCAACACCCAUCGCUGGCGUAAACUUGAGGGUUCAGAUCCAUCGAAGAUGGAGUUGGUGCAGAAAGUAAAGAUGCAGCAGAAGCGUAUCUUAGAGCAAGGCAACGCACUAGUGUUGAUGGAGGAGCGAUGUGUUGAGAUGGAGCGUAAACACGCUCACCUGGAGACAACAUUGGCUCGCUACCAGCACGAGCAGCCUGAGCGAGAUAGAGCGGAGAGUUGCAAGAAUAGACUUUCCCUAACAGAGAAGAGGCUCAAGUAUCUUCUUGGAGAUAUUGAAAUGAGGAUGGAUCAAAUAAACGAACUAAAAGCAGAACUGGAAAAGUCAAGCAAUGAAAUAAUAACCUGGAAGGAAAAAUACUAUGAACAGAAAAAGCAAGUUGAGAAGUUUAAACUGAAGAUGAGUGAUAUGAAAAAAUCAAAUAAAGUUGUUAAUUCAAAGAGUUUUAAUGGACUGGACUCAAAAGGAAAAGAAUUGCCACCUUUGCCAUGUAAAUCAAGAUUCAUGGGUGGAGGAUUUAACAUAUCUAACAGUUCUAUAUAAACAACAAAAAAUGGUUUUGUACAUUUAU